AUGACGGUUCCCCCGGGCGAUUCCUACUCAAACAUCCCCACUGUCGAGUCCGCCUACGCCUACGCUCGUCAGUUACUUCGCGAUGUCAAACGGGCCAAUAUCGAGGCCGACGCGCCCCAGCCCCUCAAGUGGAUGGAGGAGGACCUCACCGGCCUGUACAAAGCGCUGAAGAACCUGCACGUUGAAUCCCAAGAUCAGGACUCGGUCCUCAAAGACACUUCGCGCGACGAUAACAUUUACGCCAAAAGAUUGGCGUCCGCCGUCGAGGACAGCGACGAGGCCCUGCGCGAAGUUGACGAUAUCCUACACCAGUAUGGCGAUGGACGUGAUGGAGUAAACGACCACCUGCAGCUAAGGCUGAACCUCUUGGAUUUGGAAUCUCCGACUCGAAAGAUCUCCAAGCUUCUCGAUGCCGUGCAGGUUCAUAACCCCGAGAAUGCCCAGGAGGUGUUGGACCAUACCGAUGGCAAGCAGCUGGACAUGAUCAAGGACAAGCUGGAACGGGUUGCGACGAGAAUGUUCCAAAACCGAGCAGGGUCUCCUACCACUGAUAUGAGGGAGGAUACUUGGCAGACCUUCAAGGAGGAGCUUGAGAAGGAGGGGUUUUCGCCCGAGAUCCUGAAAAAGAAUAAGGAGGUCUUACGAGCGUAUAUCCGCGAAAUCGAGGCCAACCAGUCCCCUCAGUACGGUUCACCGCCGUCCGUCCGUGGCCUGCUCGACUACCAUCCCUCGUCCAACGGGCAACAGGAUAGUCCAAGGUUUCCAGACUACGACCCAAACGUACCACAAGCCCUACAGCCGUACCACCAUCACCGGACCACCCCUGGUCUCAACAGCCAGUACAGUUACGAUGUUCAGACACCAGACGCUUCAGACUCAGAUUCCAACAACGGGUCCCAAGCAGGUGCCUUGAUCUCAACCCGCGACCUCAUGGAUCUUGACAACCACAACCCCGACAUUCUCGCUGCCCGCAUGGGUUCCAUGCACCUGGCCCCCUAUCCCACCGGAAACAAACAUCAUGCCUCUCCAGGCACUUCACCCAGCAAAGGACAUUAUCUCACAUCCGUCUCUCAACCGCUCGCCAUUCCGGGCUCCAAGUCGCAGCAGUCCAGCAACGGCAUGCUUUCCGCGUCUCCCUCUGCCCAGUACGGCGCAUCACCUCGCUACGUCCCACCGCUCGCUAUGCCACCCUACCCAGAUGCACCUCCUUCCCAAGGACCACCAACCACGGCAGAAUCCUUCAUGUCACCUCCCCUUCCCUACACCGACAGCCCGUCCCUCAUGCACGGCGGCAGCUUCCCUUCUUCUGCGCCACCAAUGGGCAACGACAUUCUCAACCACAAGCCCACGCCUCGGCAAUACACCCGUCUAGCACCAGACGGCAAGGGUAAAGAUAUUCCCAUUGACGCGAAGUGGACCCGCAUCAGGCGCAAAUUGGUGUCUCCUGAGGUCCUGGAAAAAGCCGGCGUGCGCUACGAAGCUCGUCCGGAUUUUGUUGCCAUCCUGGGAGAGCUCACAAAGGAAGACAUCCUCGAGUUUGCUCGACAAACGACGGAAGUCAGGAACGCAAGGAGGUUUGCUGCUCAGGGGAGACACAGUACCUGGCCUACACCCGAAACGACUAGUGACGGGCGCCGUCGACGCAGAGCCAACCGUCACUCGGACAGCAGCGACUCCUCAGAUAGUGAUGAUGACGUGAGCGACGCAUCCGCUGCUUCCAGGCGAAGGAGGAGACAUCGUCGGAGAGCAAGUGAUGCAUCAACCAAUGCCUCUUCUACCAAUCAAGCUGCCGGUCAACCGGUGAUUGUUUCGCCGCCAGCAAGCGUGAAUGGAGAUGACGCAAAGAGCAGUAGUAUUACCAGCCCUACCAGUACUACCGCCCCGAAGCCGAUUCUGAAGAACAAGAACACGAACCAUGUCCGAUUCGGAAGGGAUGGCCCGAAGGAGAUCAGCCCCGGGGAGUAUGCUGAGCGGAAAAGGCGGGAGGAGGAGCGCGAAAACAGGCGUAGAAAUAGGGAUCCAAGCAGAGAUGACCGCGAUCGCGAUCGCGAUCGGGACCGUGACCGCAGUAGGCAUCGGGAUGAUAAGGACAGGGACAGAGACAGAGACAGGGACCGUGAUCGGGAUCGGGAUCGGGAUCGAAGCCGAAGUCGUCUGCGCCCACGAGACUUGGCUGCGGACCUUGGAAGAGACCGUGAUAAGGACCGCGACCCUUCCCGUUCGAGGAAAGACCGGGACAGGGACAGGGACAGAGAUCGCGACCGGGACCGGGAUAGAGACAGAGGAGACCGGGACAGGGAGAGAGAAAGGGAUCGCGACCGUGACCGGGAUCGAGGAGAUAGGGACCGCGACAGGGACAGAUCAUAUCGAGAUGGCGGCGGCGGCGGCGGCGAAAGGGAUCGCGACAGAGACCGAGACCGAGACCGUGACCGUGACAGGGAAAGGGAUCGCGAUCGUCCGCACCGCUCCUCCCGCCACUAUGACCGUGGGGACCGUGGUGAUCGUGAUCGGGAUCGGGAUAGGGAACGGGAGCGCAGAGAACGGAGCGAUAAGUCGAGCAAGAGCGCACUCAUUGGAGGCGCGGCCGUUACGCUGUUGAGUAUCUUGACCGAGGCUAGUCAGCAUCUGUGA